GGGACGUGGACCAAUGGGCGCGCGCGUCGUUGGGUUGCGCGGCGCGGCUGCGCUGCCGUGUGUUGCCGGUAGAUCCCAAGGUGCUGCCCGACCCGACCAGUGGAAGAGUCGCACGGGCUGGUGAGGAUGUGGCUGGUGGUCGUGGCUUUUGUCUUUCUCGUGGUGCCGUCCGAGGCGCUGAAAGAGGGUGAAUGUGAAGUGUGUGUGACAUUCUUGGAUCGCUUUUACAAAUCACUAGUUGAGCAAAAUGAAAAGUUCAUUUCUGAUGUGAUAGAGGAACAUCUUAUCAAGGCAUGCAAAGAUGUCAAGGGCAAAGAAAACAGAUUUUGCUAUUACCUUGGAGCAACAAUUGAUGCGGCCACCAGAAUCGUUAGAGAAGUUUCCAAACCAAUGAGCAAUCACGUGCCAAUCAACAAAAUAUGUGAAAAACUGAAAAAGCUAGACCCUCAAAUUUGUGAUCUGAAAUAUGACAAGCAGGUAGAUCUGAGCACUGUGGAUUUGAAGAAACUACGGGUCAAGGAACUGAAGAAAAUCCUGGACGAGUGGGGCGAGUCUUGUAAAGGCUGUGCAGAAAAAUCGGACUUCAUCCAGAAGAUCACUGACCUGAUGCCGAAGUAUGCUCCUCAUGCUGCCAAAUCACGGAGCGAACUCUAGUGAAGUCAUCGCCACCAUCUCAUAAUUGUAUAUUUUCAUUGGUUUUUCACUUUUUUGUAUUUAUUAAUAAAAAAGGAACUUUAAUGCCAUGAUUUGUUAUAAAAUAGACUGAUUCUUGGGACGUGCUGGUUGUAUAGCUUGAAUUUUCUGGGAGGGUGUUGGGGAAAGUUAAGAUGUUGAAGCACUUAAAAGUUGCCCAAAGCUUGAUGUUCACUGAUUUUGAGUGGUUUAAUGAAGGUCGUGCCAGAUUUUUUUUUUGAGGGGGCAGCUUUAAGAGGAUGUGGGAAAACUUAAAAUAUUUCCCAAAAUUGAUGUUCUCUGGCUUUUUUUUUUUUUAAAUAGGUUCAUCAAAAUGGUUUGCCAGCUGAUGCCCAAGAGUAAAGGGGUGUUUUUCUUUCAUUGUUAUUUGUUUUAUAGUGCUUGGAGUAUGGACCUUGGUUUCAGACUAGUCCCAGUAGGCUAGGUUAGUCUUGAGCUGUUUCUUGUUGAUUAUACAUUGUGAGUCUCAAACUUGAUGUUUUUGUUCAGACGUUUAGUAACAAUGAAUGCACACCCCAGGAGUUUUUUUUUAUCUCUACUCGCUGAAAACGUGUAGUGAGCUGAGGACUGAGAAUUAAUUCCAGGUUAACUGAGAACAAUCAUCAAAGAACUGCGGUAACUAUUAGCAGAAUGGUCCCUUUUGGAAAAUCGAGUUAUUGAAGGAGUAAAGGGUUGAACCUAGAUGAUAUUUUCAUUGAUAUUGAGGCCUGAGGGAUUUGGGGUUUCUUCAAGGAACUGAGGGUCUCUCCUGCUCUCCUCUCCCCUGCCCCGCCUUCCCAGCCCAGUUGAGAAGGCAGGGAAAGGCAUUUACUGGAGGAGCUAGGCACAAAGUCUGUAGGAGUUGGCUGGUGCUGACAUCGGGUGCAUUCUUGCCUUAUUUGGUAGGAGUCCCCUCAUUGACUCGUUUUCUCUGCCCCAGAAAGUUGACUGUCCACAUUUUCACACCAGUCUGAGCUUCCUGUAGAGUGCAUUAUAUUAUUACCAGUUAUGUUUAGAAAGUUCUCUUGAUCAUUAAAUGUUUUAAUUUAAAUGUAGCACUGCAUUUCUUUUGGUGUGAAACAUUAAAUGAUGACAUACAAUUCUUUCCCAUCCCAAUAAUGCUUUUUUGAAUCAUCGACUUUUGGAGCGGGAGACAACCUAGAAACUAACACGUGACUUUGCCCACCAUCAUGCCCAUCUCUACCCAGAUUCCAAUUUUCCUUCUGCAUUCUCAUCAUCUGCACCACGUUCACCUGGGGUGAUUUGGUGGCCAAUUAACCUACCACUCAAGUCUUUGUCACGGAAGAAAUAAAGCUAACAUUGGGAUUGAACCUGGGUCACUGGAGCUUCGAGGCAGCAGUGCCACUUCCUACAUUGUAGGUUCAAUUAAAUUAAUCUAUGUUCACUGGGCACUCCAAGCAUCUUGUGCAUUUCACUUUUUUUUAAUACUAAUGACAACAUUACAGAAAUACCUUUUGUUCAUGUUUGUGAAUGGAUUGGCCAUACGAUGUUCCUGAUUUCAUUAUUUCUGGGCAGCCUGCCCUCCAGCUCUGCUAUGUGCCUCUGGCUUGGUUUGCCUCUUGCAUUUCUCUAAAACUAUUUCUAAAACCCUACCUAUCAGGACAAACAAUUUUACCAAGAUGAUUCUGGAAUUAGAAAUUGUGUCAGAUUUCAUGCUUGAGGAGAAAGUGGUAUUUUGUUACAAAUGAAAUAAGUUUGAAUACAGCCUCCUGCCAAUAUAACAUUGCUGGAAAAACCAGCAGUGUGACCCAAGCAGCAAGCCUUUAUUGCAGGAAGACUAGCAUGUUUACAGUACCCUUGACAAAGUAACAUUGUUCAAGAACACUCAAUAUGCUCCCUUUGAAUAUAGUAAUUUGCAACAUAAGAAAUGUUGGUAUGGGUCAGAAAGAAAUUUCAAUGUUUAGGCCCUGUACUGGUCCUGUGUUACUUGGGAAGUUGAACAGGGUUUUGUGAUGAAGAUUCAAAUUGUGCUCAAACUUGGUGCUACUGAACAAUAAUUAAGUCAUGAAAACACAAA